AUGGAGUCGAGCAUGUACAACAACCUGCGGAAGCUGAUCACGGUGAUCGACGAGCUGAGGGACAUCGGGCUGCAAAAAUACAUCAACCUGCCGAGAAUAUGCGUGGUGGGUACACAGAGCAGUGGCAAGAGCAGCGUGCUGGAGUCGAUUGUGGGGCUGGACUUCCUCCCUAGAGGUGAAGGCAUAGUUACGAGGAGGCCAAUAGAAUUCAGGCUCAUCCACAUAAAGGAGGAUAGCGAAAUUAAACAUUGGGCCAUAUUCGAAGAUGACAAAAGUAAGAAGUUUACCGACUUUAACCAAGUCAGGGAACACAUAAACAACUUAACGGACGAACUAGCUGGAAAGAAUAAGGGAAUUAUAGAUGAGCCAAUUGUACUGAAUAUAUACUCGACUAGCUGUCCAGACUUAUCACUCAUAGAUCUUCCAGGGAUCACAAGGGUGCCUCUUAAAAAUUCCGACCAAACAGAUGACAUAGAAAGGUUAACAAGAGAAAUGGCCUUCCGCUAUGUGAAGGACCCCAGGACGAUUAUCUUGGCUGUCCUACCAGCCAAUGCAGAUAUGUCAACAAGUGAUGCGUUACAAAUAGCGAGGAAGGUAGAUCCAAAGGGGUUGAGAACAAUAGGGGUAAUUACAAAAAUUGAUUUAAUGGACAAAGGAGCGGAUGCAAGUAAAAUGUUAAUGAACGAUGAGAUUACCCUACGGUUGGGCUACACAGGAGUGGUGAACCGAUCCACAGCGGAUAUUAAAAGUGGAAAGUCCAUAGCCCAAUCGUUGAAGGACGAAUUGAAAUAUUUUCAAAACCAUCCAGUGUAUAAGAAGUUGCCACCAACAUUGUAUGGUACCACAUCUCUGACGGAUAAAUUGACCAAAGUACUUCUCAGACAUAUUAAAAAUUUCCUCCCCGAUAUUAAGAACGAAAUAAAUGAUAAAAUUAGACUCAUAAAUGAUAAGUUGUACGAACUAGGAACCAACGUUCCCCUGGACGCAACGAAAAAGACACAACUCCUCUGGUCCAUGAUAACGGAUUACUGUGAAAUAUUUAAAAACACAUUAAAGGGGAAAUAUGACAAGAGGUUACAAGUUUUUAUAGAAAAUAAUGACAUCAUUUGCGGACUCAAGGUGAGGAGCAUUUUUAAUGAAUUCCUCGAUGAGUACGUUGGGAAAAAUGUAACAAGCGAACUGAGCGAUAACGAUAUUGACGAUGCUAUAUGUUUGCAUGAAGGGGAUAGUUUACCAGGGUUUCCGUCCCCGGAUACCUUCGAGUUCCUAAUCCUACCACAUUUGAAAAAGAUCAACGCACCAGUAUUUAACUGCCUAGAUAAAGUUAGCCAAACUUUAGAAAUACUGUCACAGAAAAUUGCGAACCGAGUUUUAGCAAGAUUUCCAAAAUUAUCCGAACAAGUGCUGGACCUAUCCCAAACAAUUCUCCUCAGGGAGAAGGAAAACACACAUAAUAUACUCGAAAAUUUUAUCGACGCAGAGACCAAUUAUCUCUUCACAAACGACUCUUCCUACCUUAUCGAACACGGAAGUAUAAUUAAUGCCAAUGAAGAUGACCCCAACAAUGAAAGUGGAAGUCAAGACUUUAACUCUCACCAGAGGUUACAAAACAAAAGACAACAAUCAAAUAUGUCCAAUUCUAAUGUGGAUAGUAAUAACAUGCAAAGUAAGUACUACUCUAAUAUGAUGAGCGACCAGGAGUACAUCACAGGGAAGGCUGCCAAGUUUGUCAGUACAGCUCAGAAAUCUGUUAUGAACAUGUGGAACGCAAAGGAGAAAAAAAAAACAAGAUAUAAUGCGCAGUUUAUCCAAGAAAUUAGAAGAAGGUUAGAUUGCUACUUUAACAUUGUCCUACGUAAUGUCAGAGAUAGUGUGCCAAAAAUUAUCGGUUACUUCCUCAUUAGGAAGCUCCAGGAAAAAAUGCAAUUCGAACUCUACUCAGAUUUAAACAGUGAACAAAAACUCUACGACCUGUUAAAUGAACCUCCUCAUGUUGUUAAAGAAAGGGAACACCUAAAUAGACAACUAGAAAUUCUUAAAAAAGCCAAUCAGGUUCUCAUGAAGGAUCCAAGCAUUACUUCCAUCAAUUUGGAUCUCUUCGACGCCAAUUAUGAGCAAGACUUGAUCGAAUUCCAGAAAAGCUUAAAAACUGGAAACACGCAAUCUGCCACCCAGACGUACAAGCAAACUAUCAGCUCUUCCCAGGGCAGCAUGCACAGCAUGGGUGACGGUCCCUCCAUCAGCAAACGCAACCCGAUGAUGCAAAACCGGAACGCCUCUCCCACCUCCAUGAACUCAAAUACGAUAAAAUCCAGCGGCAUGAUGAAUCAGAAGAUGCCCUCCUCCACCUACAUGCAGCAGAACCUGCUCAACGAUCCCAAGGGAAAGCACUUGUUCGAAAAGGAGCCCAUGAAAAAAAAGGUGCAGUAUAAUCCCCUGUUCGAUUAG